AAGUGGGGAAAAUAUCUACAUAAUAAAUGUAUAAUACAAAAUGUAUAGAAUUUUUUAAAACUAUGCAUGGUUUUGUCAGACCACAAACCCCUAUGGCACAUGAUAUUUUACAGAUAGUCUUAACCACAAGGAUAUUAGUCUAUCAUAACACAAUUACCAUUUCAGUUCACCUCAUAAAACAUGCCCUUCCCAAAUGCUUUACAUAACCCUAAUUUGCUUCUACAACAUCAUGUUCAAAACGUAUUCCUUUGGCACCCUUUUUAGUCUGGACACAUAUCGGAGCAGCGCAUUAUGGCAGUGCGUCCGCGUCACGUUUGGAGAGCCACAGGACGCGGGCCGCACUCAAUCCAGACAGUAGAUGGCAGUAGCCCAAGAAAGCUGAUCCCGUCGGGUUCACCACUACUCUGCCUCUCAGUUGUGCAGCAGCACUCGCACUGGAGGCAGCGGUGGUCUGAGGGACGUCCAAUGAAACAGAAGAGCCGCCAGCUGCUCCUUUCGACUUUUACGCGUAGCCUGUCCUCCGCACCCGGAGACAGCACGUUCUGAAACCGCCAUGGAAGACAAAUCCAAUUCGUUCUCGAGCAACAAGGAGGAGAAAGCGGAUGGGAAUAAUGUGUUCCAGAGGCAAGACUCGAUCUUGAAGAACAGCAUGGGGAGCCAGAACAUGAAAGACCACGGCAACUCAGUGGGUGCAAAGGGGGACCGGGAAGAAGCCAUGGUCGGGUUUGACGAUAUGGACGCAGCGUCCAGACAAUACGGGUUUAUGCAGCGGCAAUUUGGAGCCAUGAUGCAGCCCGGGGUGAAUAAGUUCUCCUUGCGGAUGUUCGGGAGUCAGAAAGCCGUGGAGAAAGAGCAGGAGAGAGUGCAGACGGCUGGAUAUUGGAUCAUUCACCCCUAUAGUGAUUUUAGGUUCUACUGGGACUUGAUAAUGCUCAUCAUGAUGAUGGGGAAUCUAAUUAUCAUUCCUGUGGGAAUAACCUUCUUUUCCGAGCAAACCACCACCAGCUGGCUCAUCUUCAACGUGGCCUCGGACACCAUCUUCCUGGUGGACCUGGUCAUGAACUUCCGAACGGGAAUUGUGAACGAGGAGAGCUCAGAGAUCAUCCUGGACCCAAAGGUCAUUAAGAUGAACUACCUGAAGAGUUGGUUCGUGGUAGACUUCCUGUCCUCCAUCCCGGUGGAUUAUAUCUUUCUAAUAGUGGAGAAAGGCUUCGAUUCGGAGGUCUACAAGACGGCCCGAGCGCUGCGUAUCGUACGCUUCACCAAAAUCCUCAGCUUGCUCCGUCUUCUCAGGCUUUCACGCCUCAUCAGAUACAUCCACCAGUGGGAGGAGAUUUUUCAUAUGACGUAUGACCUGGCGAGUGCAGUGGUAAGAAUCUUUAAUCUGAUUGGCAUGAUGUUGUUGCUGUGUCACUGGGAUGGAUGCCUGCAGUUUCUGGUGCCUCUCCUGCAAGACUUCCCUCCUGAUUGCUGGGUGUCGCUAAACGGUAUGGUUAACGACUCCUGGGGAAAGCAGUACUCUUACGCCCUCUUUAAGGCCAUGAGUCACAUGUUGUGUAUCGGGUACGGAGCCAGAGCACCCGUCAGCAUGUCGGACCUUUGGAUCACCAUGCUAAGCAUGAUUGUGGGCGCCACCUGUUACGCCAUGUUCGUGGGUCACGCCACAGCCCUCAUCCAGUCUCUGGACUCAUCUCGACGGCAGUACCAGGAGAAGUACAAGCAAGUGGAGCAGUACAUGUCCUUCCACAAGCUGCCGGCUGACAUGCGGCAGAAAAUCCACGAUUACUAUGAACAUCGCUACCAGGGAAAGAUCUUCGAUGAGGACAGCAUCCUUAACGAGCUCAACGACCCGCUCAAAGAGGAAAUUGUGAACUUUAACUGUCGUAAGCUGGUGGCCACCAUGCCGCUGUUUGCAAAUGCAGACCCUAACUUUGUGACGGGAAUGCUGAGUAAGCUAAAGUUCGAGGUCUUCCAGCCUAACGAUUACAUCAUUCGGGAGGGGACCGUGGGUAAAAAGAUGUACUUCAUUCAGCAUGGAGUGGCCAGCGUCAUCACCAAAUUCAGCAAAGAGCUGAAACUCACCGACGGAUCCUACUUUGGAGAGAUCUGCCUGUUGACGAAAGGUCGUCGUACAGCUAGCGUCCGCGCUGAUACCUACUGCCGACUUUUCUCACUGUCCGUGGACCAUUUCAACGAAGUCUUGGAGGAAUAUCCCAUGAUGCGCCGUGCUUUCGAAACCGUGGCCAUCGACCGCUUGGACCGCAUCGGGAAGAAGAACUCACUACUGCUCCAGAAAUUCCAGAAGGAUCUGAAUGCUGGCGUCUUCAACACUCAGGAGAACGAGCUACUGAAGCAGAUCAUCCGGCAGGACCGAGAGAUGGUGAUGAUGGUGGAUCGGAAGCAAUCGGUCACGGGGAUGAACUCCACGCCGAUGUCUGGAAACUCCAUCAUUAACUCUCCCGCCCAGCCACCGUUCACUACAGCGAUCGCUAUUCUUGGGAACAACCAAUUACAGCAGCAGGCCGCCCCACUAAGCUACAGCACCUCUGCCACUAUAACCCCAUCAGGCCGCAUGCCGCCCUCACAGGGCGUCACGUUUUCGGCACCGAGCGUUUCUCACGGCAACUUGAGCACCUCUUCCCCGAAUCCUCCUACGCCCUUGCAGCAGCCGGUGGGGGCCAUAAUGUCCCCUUGUUCAUUCACCACAUCAAUUUGCAGUCCCCCGGUGCAAACCCCUAUAGCCAGCCGAACAUUCCAGUAUGGAUCACCGACAGCCUCCCAACUGUCCCUUGUACAGCAACCCUUACCCCAGCAGCCCUCUGCUGCCUCCAUACUGCAACAACCACAGCAAUCGCAAGGGGCGUCCCCUCAGAGGAGCGAUGUCCACAAGAGCACACAGCCACUCCAGUCAGGCAGCCUGAGCAAGGACAUACGCCACCUCUCUGCCUCGCAGCCCUCACUGCCCCACGAGACCUCAUUGGCUGCCCGGGCACAUCCCACAUCGGGCGAAUCGCUCGCUUCCAUUCAGCCACCCAUGGGAUCCGCGGCAGGAGUCCAGGCCCCGGGCUCCGUUCUGCAAAGCGGCAUUCGCAACAACGUUCCACAGAGGGUUGCCCUUUUCCGGCAGAUGUCAUCGGGUGCAUUACCGCCGAUUCGCACGGCGCCCUCUAGUGCCCAGCACAGGGAUUCCAUGGGCUCCAGGAGAGAGUCGGCAGUCUUAAGCAGUACAGAGACGGAACAAGACAAGAUGCGGUUCGCAUCGAAUUUAUGAUCCCAUUUUACUUUUUUUUGUUAAUUUUUUAAAAAGAUAUUUUGA